AUGUUGCAGUUGUACAAAAAUCAGGUCGUCACAGCCGUCGCCAAGCGGCAGGUGGAAAUCCGGAAGCUCGAGCUCGACUGGUUCACGAACAACUACUGGACGCUGUCUCAGCAAGGCGCGUUGCUUGCAGGUUUCUCAUUCGCGCAGAUUACGACAGCGCUGCCGAAAGACACCUCGUUCCUGCUUGAGUCGCUCUACCUGCUCCUGGCGUCGAUGGCGCUCGGCCUGCAGAUGUGCGUGGUGGUGACGACGACAUUCUGCUGCAUGUGGGGGCCUGGCUUGGCGCUCCGCGGCCCUGAAGGGAUUCGCAGCGUGCACACGGCGGUAGACAGCUUGAAGUCCGAGCACUCCUACGUGUUUGCCUUCUUUUUUCUGGGCUUGAUUGCGUUCUACCUCUCGAAUCUGUUGCUCGUCUGGUGCUACUUCGAGGAGUGGAUUGCGAUCGCUGCGUCGGUCUUCCUCUGCGUUUUCCUUUUCCUCAUCUUCUACUACACCGUGAGCCUCACCUGCAAGCUCCGCGUCGCCGACCAAGAAGCCGUGGAGGGCAAAAUCGCCGCGCUGAGUUCCUACGACAACAUCGCUGACCUCGACGAGACCGUCGCGCCGACCUCGGCGGCCGUCGAAUCCGAGCGCGAGCGCGCCGCCCUCCUCGCCCAGGAGCGUCCCCGGUCCCACGAGCAGCUGCCCUUCGCGGACUCCGCCGCGCGCUACUCCGUCGGCGGCACAGCUCUCAGGCCUGGAACCUUCGAGCGAAUCCCCGCAGGCCCUCUGUAG